AUGGAAGGAAGUGCAACUUGGAGUUGGGUUGAUUGGCGCAACAAGAGUGGGAGAGAACAACAUAACGAGCGUAUACAAGGAAAACUGAUGGUCAUGAAAGUAUGGUUGGACGGAAUCUCGGUGGAGUUGUCAACGCAUCCAAGCUGCCCCAACGUCGUUGGGACCGAGCUCUCUGGAAGUCUUCUUGGAAUGUGUCCUCCAUUACUCAACAGUUCGCCGUCUGUAGGAACACAAGGUGGAACACGCAUUGCAGUAUAUUUUCCGAGUACUCGGGGAAAUGUAACCAGGAAAUGGGAGACCAAAACAAAGCCCUACUUUAUUCAUCGCCAAGCAUUUCGUGUGGACAUGUAUGAAACUUGUCCGAGUGCCGCUGAAUAG